AUGCAGUUUGAAACAGUUAUUGCUAUGCAAAAGCAGUACCUGGAUGCUUUGUACGCCAUGGUGGAUCGCUUAACUAAUGAGGAGCUUAACUCGCUGACAAUCACCGCUAUUGAGUCAGUGGCAACACAAAGCUCCAAGAUUUGGCUGGACAUCACUAAUUUGAACUCGCUGAUCUUUGAGACGUACCCGGAAGUACUUGAACACGAGUACCACAUCGGGAAUCAUUAUACUAACGCUCACGCCACCUAUGCAAUCUUGGAGACCCGCAUAGCCACCCGCAAAGACGUCAUUCAGCAGGAGAUUGAUGCCAGAGAAGCCGCACAAACACAACAAAACCUGGCUAUGCACAGCACCGCCUUCAUGGGAGGCUCAUCGGGUACUGGACUCCCAAAAAUUAAGCUCCAGAGCUUCUCUGGAGACUUGAAGCGCUGGGGAUCAUUUAGUCAGCUCUUCUCUGAUAUUGUUAUUGACAAUGUACUUCUGAAAAACAGCCAGAGGAUGCAUUAUUUGAAGACAUUCACCAAAGAUGAAGCACACCAGCUUAUUGGUAACACGUCAUCCACUGAUGAGUCGUUUGAGCCCGCAUGGAAUCUUUUGAAAAGCCGCUAUUCCAAUCCUCGCCGCGUUGUAUCAUCACAUCUUGAAGACCUGCUGGUUGGUGAGUCUGUUCCCGCUAGAUCAGCCGCUAAAUUGGAUUCCUUGUUACUAUCCAACCAAAAGGCUCUGGAUUCCAUCAAGGCCCAAGGAGUUCCAGUAGAUCACUGGGACCUGAUAAUCAUACACCUGACGCUACGCCGCUUGCCGCCCGCCGUUAGAGAAGAUUGGGAGACCAACCUGGGUCUUACUGACAAUAUGCCGACUUACGUUCAGCUCCACGAGUUUCUCAAGUCCAAAGUCAGGGCUUGGGAGAACUUGGAACCCGCUUCGGAACCCAAGAAGCAAUCUAAAGGUCAUAAAUCCGGAGGCUCACGCAGUAAUAAACCUCAGAAGACAACAUCCUCUUACACCGCUAUUCAAUACAAAGAAAAGCCCAGGAGAAAUUGCCCGCUGUGCCCUGAGGAACAUUACAUGUUGUUCUGUCCAAUCUUUAAGGCCGCUACUUUGGAGGAACGAAUCGACAUUGUCGAAAAAUACCGCCUGUAUUACAAUUGCUUGGGCCCGCAUCGCGUCGCUGAUUGUAAGACCGCUCAAGGAUGCAGGAAGUGCAGUCAACGUCAUCAUACUUCCAUCCAUCGAGAUACACCGCCUAAAUCUGCAUCACAGACACUUGCAGACACCGCACAAGAUCCGCUUUCCGCUCAAGUAUUGCUAGCUACCGCUUUAGUCCAGGUCCGCCCACAUCAUGGUAAUCCAAUCACCGCCAGAGUAUUGAUUGAUCAAGGUUCAGAGCUCUCAUUUAUGAGACAGUCGCUCUUCAAGAAGCUUGGACAACCGCUACAGCGUGACAUGGUCAUGCUCAAGGGCAUUGGCAAUGUCUCCGCAGGAAGUUCACUAGGUGUGAGCACAAUUGAACUUCAUUCGCUGUGUACACCCGCUUCAAUGCAUGUCAGCAUGCAUAUUCUACCAACACUGACGGUAGAUCUUCCAUCGUUCGUGAUCGCUGAUCCGAAAUGGCCGCAUCUGGAGAAUCUCCAACUAGCUGACCCGCAUUAUCUACAACCACGACCUGUAGAUAUUAUUCUAGGUGCAUCACCAACCGCACAGAUCAUGAACGCAGAGAUUAAACGGGGACCUCGCAAUGCUCCUAUUGCACAAUCCACCACGCUUGGUUGGAUUGUCUAUAGAGCUGUCACCGCUAAACACGCUUCAACAUCACACGCAGCACUACAUGCGUCAGUAGAUACUGAAUUACAAGACGCUAUCGCUAAGUUUUGGGAACAGGAAGAGGUUCCAUCAGGUAAUUUACCACUCAACACCACUGAAGAAGACGAAUGUGAAAUUCACUUUCGUCAAACGCACUAUCGACAGCCUGAUGGACGCUACGUAGUGAGAUUACCGCUUAAGGCCCUUGAGAGUCAACUUGGCGACUCUAUCAACGCAGCUAUGGGGUCACUCCGCAGAUUAAUAACUCGCUUGUCGCGAGAAAGAGAAUAUUCUGACAUGUAUCGUGCAUUCAUGGCAGAAUACAUUCAACUAGGACACAUGGUACGAGUACCAGUCAACGAAUUGCCCGCAAACGCUUACUUCUUGCCUCACCAUGGGGUAUUGAAGCUUGAUAGUGCCACUACGAAGCUCCGCACAGUGUUCAAUGGUUCCUGUGCAACAUCUGCAGGAAUUUCAUUGAACGACAUUCUCCACGCAGGACCCAAAACGCAAAUUGACAUUUUUGAUGUGAUGUUGAGAAUCCGUUGCAGCAGGAUUCUAUUCGCUACUGACAUCACCAAGAUGUUCAGACAGAUUGAGGUCGACUCGCUUGAUUGGCCGCUUCAGUGCAUUCUCUGGAUAGAUGAGAAUGACUUAAUAGACGCUUACUGUAUCAAGACAGUCACAUACGGAACCGCUCGUGCACUUUUUGACGCAGUACGUGUGCUUAUCCAACUAGUAAAGGAUGAAGGACACCGCUUUCCGCUAGCUGUUGCUCCAAUGUUGAAAACAUGCUACGUAGAUGACAUCUACGGUGGAGCAGACAACGAAGAAGACGCUAUCAAGGCUGCAGUACAAACAAAAGCUCUGUGUGCAGCAGGCUGCUUCCCGCUUGCCAAAUGGGCUAGCAAUAGCCCACGGUUACUCGCUGAAGUCGCUCCAAAAAAGCAGCUGGAUACACCGCUUAAAGAAAUCAGUGAUGCACCAGUAAAAGUCCUGGGCAUGUACUGGAAUUCACGCACUGACGCUCUCCAGUUCAAGUACACGCUACCGCCAGAGACGCCUAAGACAAAGAGAGCUAUUUUGUCUGAAAUCGCUAAACUGUAUGACCCGCUAAGACUUCUCGCACCAAUAGUUGUCAAAGCCAAGAUCUUCAUGCAAGAUCCGUGGCUAGAUAGAGAGUCAUGGGACGAACAAUUGUCACCAUCACUGAUUCACAAAUGGACUGGAUACCGCGAGGAUCUUCGAAACAUCGAAUCCAUCCGCAUUCCACGCUGGAAUAAUAAAGCACCUGGAGCAACUAUGGAAUUGCACGGGUUCUCAGACGCUUCGCAAAACGCUAUGGCUGCCGCUGUUUAUUUGAGUCACUGA